UUGUAUAAGAAAUGAAUCAACGAGUUGACAGCGGCGAGCAACGACGUUCAUCGAAGUUUUGCGGAUUGAAAGCGAUUUAAAUUUGAUAAUUUGUCAAAUAAAAUUGAUUGAACCUGAUUAUUUGGCUUGUGAGAUAUAUUUGGCAAUAAGUAUUUACUUGAAAUUUAAGAUUUUGUUUUCUUAAACUGUGAACGCUGAUUUAUAGCGGUUGAAUUAGGAGAAAUAAGAAUACAGCAAGAGCAAAGCGGCGGCGGCUACUACGACAGCUAGAAAAAGGUGAAGAAGAGGAAGAAAAGCAAUAGCAGCGAAGCAGUCGGUUAACGACAACGACUUUAGUGCCGGAGCAGAAGCAGAAGUAAAACGUUUGUCAAAGAGAAAAAAUUCGUAGUAGAGAAAAGUAAAAAUUGAAUUUCGGAAACGCAGGCGACGACGAAAAAAGUGUAGAACGCUGAAAAUUUUUGUUUUAAAACAACGCCGACGCUAAAUUGAAUAUUUCAACAGAAACUGACCAAAAGAUUAUUAUCGGAGGGUCUAAUCAACGCAAUUAAACAGAAUGUCGGAACGUGAAAAUAAUGUGUACAAGGCCAAAUUGGCUGAACAAGCUGAACGUUAUGAUGAAAUGGUUGAAGCUAUGAAAAAAGUCGCUUCUCUUGAUGUUGAAUUAACUGUUGAAGAGCGCAAUCUACUUUCAGUCGCCUAUAAGAAUGUAAUUGGCGCUCGACGUGCUUCAUGGCGUAUAAUUACCUCAAUCGAACAAAAGGAGGAAAAUAAAGGCGCCGAAGAGAAGCUUGAAAUGAUCAAAACCUACCGCGGGCAGGUGGAGAAGGAAUUACGCGAUAUUUGUUCCGAUAUUUUGAAUGUGCUAGAGAAUCAUCUCAUUAAAUGCGCCACCACAGGUGAAAGUAAAGUAUUCUAUUAUAAGAUGAAGGGUGAUUAUCAUCGCUAUUUGGCUGAGUUUGCUACUGGAUCGGAUCGUAAGGAUGCGGCAGAGAAUUCACUUAUUGCUUACAAGGCUGCCAGCGAUAUAGCAAUGAAUGAUCUUCCGCCAACACAUCCAAUUCGCUUGGGUUUGGCGUUAAACUUUUCGGUAUUCUACUAUGAAAUUCUUAAUUCGCCCGAUCGCGCUUGCAGAUUAGCGAAAGCAGCAUUCGACGAUGCUAUUGCCGAGCUAGAUACCUUAAGCGAAGAGAGUUACAAAGAUUCCACACUUAUCAUGCAAUUACUGAGGGAUAAUCUUACAUUAUGGACGUCUGAUAUGCAGGCUGAUGGUGAUGGCGAGCAAAAACCGGAAAUUCAAGAUGUUGAAGAUCAGGAUGUGUCGUAAUUUAAGUAACCCCACCUUACUUAAUUAUAAAAUCCCCCCUCUAUAUACCUUUUCCUACUGUAAUACAGCAGCAACAACCACACACACAUUAAAACGAGAAACAUUAUAAUACACUGCAACAGCAACAA